AUGCUUGCGGCACCAUUGCUUCGCCGUCCUCAGGCCGGGUGGAAGAGCGUCGGCUCAACACUCUGUACGACCCGAGCUGGUUCUGUAAAGAGCGCGCUUCAGGUCAAGAUAGCUCAAUUGACUGGUGGUCAUCCCCGGUUCUUUUCAACGUCCGUGUCCAGAUGGCAGACGGACACCUUGGAUCGGACACGCAAUAUAGGAAUCAUUGCCCACAUUGAUGCAGGCAAAACGACGACCACGGAGCGCAUGCUGUUCUACAGUGGCUUCACCCGGCGCAUCGGCGAUGUCGAUGAAGGCUCUACGGUGACUGAUUUCCUUCCUGCGGAGCGCGCGCGUGGAAUCACCAUUCAAUCUGCAGCCAUCACCUUUCAUUGGCCGCCCGGCGAAGGUGCCGACGGUCAACAAGUUGAUCGCGAUCCAAACUUACCACGGUCGGCAGUCUCUCACACGAUCAAUUUGAUCGAUACUCCGGGACAUGCUGACUUCACAUUUGAAGUCCUGCGCUCGCUACGCAUCCUGGAUGGCGCGGUUUGCAUCUUGGACGGUGUGGCGGGUGUGGAGGCGCAGACGGAGCAGGUCUGGCAUCAAGCCAGCACUUACAACAUCCCCCGGAUCAUCUACGUGAACAAACUAGACCGUGACGGAGCUGCUUUCGGUCGAACUGUUCGAGAGGUCAGCUCCCGUUUGGCCGUGUACCCAGCUGUCUGUCAAACCCCCUGGUUUGAUGGCGGCAACGGCGCUUUCGUGGGGGUCGCGGACGCUGUCAACCUUCAAGGCUUGCGGUACAAGGCCGGUGAUGAUGGCCGAUCCGUGAAGAUGCUGAAUCUCGAGCAACUGGAGACCGAGGAGCCGUCUCUUGCGCAGGAAUUGCGCCGAGCACGCAUUGCUCUGGUAGAAUUGCUCAGUGAAAAAGAUGAUGCCAUUGUGGAAGAGUUCUUCGAGUGCGAUGAAGAUCAUCUGGCGGUAUCCCCCAAAUCGAUUAUUGACAGUCUUCGACGCUGCGUGCUCGAUCAAUCCACUCGUGUCAUUCCCGUCUUUGCCGGAGCGAGUUUCCGCAACAUGGGCGUCCAGCCGUUGCUUGAUUCAGUGGUGAAUCUUCUCCCUAGUCCCCCUGAGAGUCCCGAUCCUGAAGUCAGCAUUGGAGGUGUAACGGGCGGGCUGAGGCGCUUGCUCUCCGGAGACUUGAUUUUGGAGCAAAACGAGAAAUCCGCCGCUUCUGUAAAGGGCAAGAAGAAAAAGAAGGCCUCGGCUCUGACGGACCCAAAAGAUGCGAUUUCAAAAUUGCAGAGCUGCGCGCUUGCUUUCAAGGUCGUCAAUGACCCCAAGCGAGGCGUUUUAGUGUACGUUCGAGUGUACUCGGGCUCGUUGGACCGUAACAGUCUCUUGUUCAACACCAAUCUGCAUCUGUCUGAGCGCGCCCCGCGACUUCUGAAGAUGUACGCCAAUGAUGCCGUAGAGGUGGACAGCAUUCCUGCCGGACAUAUCGGCGUCGUUGUUGGACUGAAACAUGCGCGCACCGGAGAUACACUGCUGUCUUAUGCCGGCAACAAGCCAACGCCGCCAGAGCCAUUGACCAGCCUUCAGCUGCGUCCCAUCAAUGUUCCUCCCCCAGUCUUCUUCACCAGUGUUGAACCACACAGUCUCAGCGAGGAGAAGCGCAUGCACGAAACACUUGCGCUGCUCUUGCGUGAAGACCCAAGCCUCCAUGUCAGCAUGGAUGAAGAAUCUGGACAGACACUGCUCAGCGGCAUGGGCGAGCUACAUCUCGAGAUCGCGCGUGACAGACUCAUCAAUGACCUCAAGGCCAAAGCAUCCAUGGGCCAUAUUGAAAUCAGCUAUCGAGAAACAGUUCUUGGCGCGUCGAAUGCCAUCACAAAGACCUUCGACAGAGAAGUGGCCGGCCGCCGCGGUAAAGCAGGCUGUACCGCAAUCAUUGAGCCCAUCGACGGGCGAGAUAUCUCCGACGCUGCAGAUGAGGACACCCUGUUGGCAGAAACGGUCGAAGGGAAUCAAAUUCUCAUCCGCGCCCCGGGCCUACAAGUAGAGCAUUCAUCAAGAAACGAUGAAGAAGUCAGCCCCUUCCUCCCGCCAGGUCUGGAUCUGUCUUCUCUCCGCGCUGCCUUGCAGAAUGGCGCGCUGGCUGCGCUCGCACGCGGACCCCAAUUCACAUUCCCCAUGCACAACACCCGAACUACAUUAAUCCUCAACCCCGAAGAGCAUCUCUUUGGCAACGACACGACCACCUCCGCUUUGUCCGCCGCCGCACGACAGGCCACCUCUGCCGCCCUACGAGAUCUCCUCGCGGGCGCCGGAACAGUGAUGAUGGAACCCGUGAUGAACGUCAUCAUCAGCGUGGACGAGGCGAGUCUCGGCUCCGUCGUGCAUGACAUCUCCUCUUCACGCGGUGGCCACAUCAUCUCGCUGGACGAGGAAGUACCACUUUCCGCCACCGACGCCUCCGGUACGCCCACAGACGACAAUCCCCCUCCAAUCGACCCCAAGCGCAUCUACGCGCCACCCGAUCCCUUUGAAACUCCUUCCGUCGGAGUCGAGAUCCCCGUGUCCGUAUCGCGUCCCCGCACUAUCACGGCCAAAGUGCCAUUGAAAGAAAUGGUGGGGUAUCUUAAGCAUCUGCGCAGUUUGACUGCCGGUCGAGGAACGUUCGUCAUGAGCGUGGACCGGUUUGAAAAUAUGUCUGCCCCUCGACAAAAGGCUGUGCUUGCGGAGCUGAGAGGCGGAUUUUGA